CUCCUCGCGGCCAAUUACCCGAAACAAGCCUCAAACCGUUCCCCUCUCCCUCCGUUCCUAAAUCCUACCAGCCGGGUCCAGAUCGCCCGAAUAUUGGUGCAACAUGACAUGCCCUGUCGAGGACACCCCAAAAAAAGGCCUUUAUCGAUGAGGGGUGAUAACCCAAUUGCCCCUCCUUUUUGGGUACUUUUUAUCGCUGCUAUCGCCAUAAUCGCCAAAAGUUGCCCCUCUAUCGGCGUUUACUAUUAUCAAUCAACCCCCAUCACCAAGUUCUUUCUAAUGGUUAGUCAACCAGCGGGCUUGUAAGUUCGGCUUCUUUCUGUCUUUUUCUUUUCUUCUUUUUUCUUUUGGGCAGCAUUACUAGUGCAAUUGAGUUUUUUUUUCUCCCCUUAUUGUUGGGCCAUUGAAUAUGUAGACCCAAAUUCAAAUUAUUU